AUGACGACGUAUCCGACACCUCUGCAAGGUCUGAAAGUGCUCGAACUCGCUGGACUUGCACCGAGUCCUUUCGCCGGCCUGAUCCUCGCUGACUAUGGGGCGGAUGUGUUAAGGGUCGAUCGGCCGACCGAGGUGUUCGGCCCUCCAGGAGACGUGCUCUGCCGGUGGAAGCGCUCUGUUGUCAUCGACCUCAAAUCAGAAAGCUCCAGGAAAGUCUUUUUGAGCCUGGCGCGUUCCGCUGACGUGCUCAUCAACCCAUAUCGACCAGGAGUUCUGGAGCGCCUAGGUCUGGGACCCAAAGAUCUCAGUGACCUGAAUCCCCGCCUCAUCUAUGCUCAAAUCCAUGGGUUCCGACCUGGUGGCUUCUACGGGCAACGAGCAGGACAUGACAUCAACUACCUCGCAGUCUCAGGUGUAUUGUCUCUGCUAGGCCGAAAGAACGAGAACCCUCUGCCUCCAGUCAACAUCUUGGCCGACUUCGCCGGAGGAGGGCUUGUUUGUGUCGUUGGCAUUCUUAUGGCAGUCAUACAUCGAUCAGUGAGCGGUAAAGGUCAAGUCGUCACGGCCAACAUGGUUGACGGCUCCUCGUAUCUUGCCACGUUCCCCAGGCUGCACCAGGGACGGCGAAACAUGGAUGCACCGCGUGGUGAGAACCUGCUAGAUGGCGCUGCACCAUUUUAUGAGGUGUACGAGACCAAGGAUCAGAGAUUCGUCGCCGUGGGAGCACAGGAACCCCAGUUCUACCAGAACCUGAUUGCCGGGCUUGAGUUGCCAUCCAGUUUCCUUUCAGAGCAAUGGAACAAGGAAUUGUGGCCGGAAAGGAAGAAGAUCAUUGCCAACAGAUUCAAGCAAAAGACUCGGCACGAAUGGCGUACGAUAUUCGACAGCACUGAUGCAUGCGUGUCGCCAGUCCUCGAGUUCUCGGAAAUCGAAGGCUCCUUCGCACCACUGGUGGAACUAUCCGCCACGCCGAGCUUGGAUGUGGCGUCUCAAGAAUCGCAUCCAGAUCUCAAGAAGGGCGAAGGGCAUAGAGACGCGAUUUCUGAAUGGUGCGGGGUGGACGUUCUACAGAGUAUCUCUGUCGAUCCACAGUCAGGAGUCCUUACUCUUGGGAAGUCUUCGAAGCUGUAA